AGCCGGGCGGCCCGCGAGUCCCCUGAGUGCACCAGCCCCCGCUGCCGCGGGACCGCGGCCGGGACGGAGCUCCCUGCGCGCCCCCCGGGGGCCGGCAGCGGCCAGGAGGCGGCGCGGGGCUCGGCCGCUCGGCCCUGCAGCUCCGCGCACCCGGCAGCGGCGGCGGUGCAGCCUCGGGCGUUCGGACAGCCUCCGAGCCCAUGGCGGGGAGCGACGUGGACAACGAGGCCCCCGCACGGAGGGGCGGCGCGGCGCGGCGUCCGGGGGCCCCGGGCGGACCGGGAAGCGAGGCGGCAGCCGGCUGCCCGGAGCCGCUGUCCACUGCUGAAGCGCCGGCUGAGAGCGCCACGCUGCCCGCCUGGAUGCGCCUCUACUUCUACGGGAUGCACGGGAUCACCCUGGAUGUGCUGGUGUCCUCGGCCCGGCGCUUCGCCCGCAGCCCGGACCUGCGGAUGCUAGGCUUCUCCUCGCCCUACCGCUGCCUGCUGCACUCGCUCACCCAUUUCGCCCUGGAGAAGGUGUACCUGCAGCAGCGGCGCUGUCCCAGCGCCUUCGUCUUCAAUUUCCUCCUCUACCCCUCGGCCCACGUGGGGCUGCAGACCCUAGCGGGCCAGGCGCUACUACUCAGCCUGGGCGGCGGGGCGGGGGUCGCGGUGGCGCCAGGGGCGCUGGACCUGGCGCUGCAGUACGUGCUGGCGCUGUACCACUGCCAAGUGUUCCUGAAGCGCUUCCUGCGCUUGCGGUACGGGCGACAGAGGCGGCGGCAGCAGCAACAGCAGCAGCAGCGGAGGGGCGCGCUUCCCGCCCCUCCCGGCCCCCGGGUCCCUACUGCAGCCGGAGCCCGGCGGCGACGACCCCGUGGCCCCAGGGGCGCCGGGGGAGCCCCCAGCCAGGGGCUGCCCGACCUACCCCGCUUUCUUUUCUUCGGAAUGCACGGCUUUCUGGAUGAGAUCUUCUUCACCUUCUUCUUCAACGUACUGGGGCAAGGGGACGGGACAACCAGCGGCCACACGUCGCUCUGGUCCUUCUUUAUGUACGGCAGCUGCAGUUUCGUGGUGGAAAAGCUCUACUUCCACCUCCACUACAGCCGCGGUUGGGGCACUUGGAAGCGGGUGCCCAUCUACGUGAUCUUCAUCUACGUGUGGGAGCUGUCCUGGGGUCUGGGACUCCGCACGUGCGGGGCUUGUUCCUGGGACUAUUCUCACUACCCGCUCAAUUUCAUGGGCCUCAUCACCCUGAUGUAUUUACCUGGCUGGAUAUUCCUUAGUGUGUACCAGGACCUAAUUUCCAACGUGUUGUGGAGGGUGCAGUACGUACCAACUAACUAAAACCAAAAAAGAAAGAAAGAAAAGGAAAAAGUUACUGGAUUCCCAUGGAUGGAUGCGAUUUAUUUUUACACAUUGAAAAUGAAGUGGGUUUUUUAGUCCUUUAAUUUUUAUACGCUUUACUAAACUCUUCCAAAUUGUUUUAUUCCACCUUUUAGUUUUUCUAUUUGAAACCCGUGUAUAAUAUACUUUGAAACACUACUCGAAACAUAAUUCAAAGUACUUUAUUCGCCAAUGUUUUAAAACGUUUACAAGCCCAAACGUUUACAAGCCCAAACAGCAAAACCGUUAUACCUUAACAUCAGAAUCAUGUAGUAGUGUUUACCCUUCUGGCCAUAGAUGAGUGAUAGCUACUAAUUUUUUUUUUUUUGGCGAGGGGGAUCUUUAAAUCAGAGACCAGUGAUUUUUACAAGAUUUGGCUAAAUUUUCUGAUUCAGUGAUUUGUUUACUUUCUUUUUAAUCUAAUUUCAUUUUAAUUCCUUGCCAUAUUUACCAAUGACUGAAGAAACUCAAUGUCUUGUACUCUUGAGACUACAGUUAAUAGCUCUUAAAGUGCCUCCGUCUAGCACACAAGUGAAAAGAGGCUGAAAAAUGUGAAAGCACGUUCUAUGAACAGAUUUUUAAAUGAGAGGUCUUUUCUAGCAACUCAGACAGGUGACACUGUGUUAAGAUAUUUGAUCUCCAUCCUGGAAAUGAUUGCUUUCCAAUGUGGGUAAGCCUUAAACACCAGGUGUGUUAACGUUGAUCAGAUCCUGUGUUAUCUAUGGCUGUAAAUUUUUGUUACUGUGCAAUAAUGUAAAAUGUUUACCUUACAUAGCCGAGGGCCAAGUGAAAUUGUAUCACCUUCCACAGUGUUCUAACUCCAAGGACCCUUUUCUACAUGGAACUUCAAGGGCAGAAACAUUACCUUUGAAUAAAAUGAACCUGAAUGUUCACUCUAAUUACA